CCGCUGUGGGAAGAUGUCGGGGAGAAGAAGCGUCGGCGACCCGGAGGUUUAUUUAACCAGGAGAAUCCCUCAGAAUCCCAAGUACCAACAUAUCAAAACUCGCCUCGAUACUGGUAAUAGUUUAACAAAAUACACCGAGAAGCUGGAGGAGAUCAAAAGAAAUUACAGGUACAAGAAGGACGAGCUCUUUAAAAGACUGAAGGUGACCACUUUUGCCCAACUGGCCAUCCAGGUUGCUUCUCUAUCUGAUGAAACCUUAGAAGUGACAAACGAGGAGAUCCAGAAGCUGGAAGAUGGGGAUUCUGCUACCUCGGAUGCAGAUGCUGAACUCACAGCAGGGACCAACGGGAAAGGAAGCCCCCGGGAGGCGCUGCUGAAUCCCCUUCUGUUCAUAAACAACUCAGGAGCCGGCGAGUCCUAUCGAUCCACGCUGCAGAGUGUUAUAAGUGGCGUUGGGGAGCUGGACAUAGAAAAGGACACGCUGAAGAAAGCGGAUCCUCAGGCUAAGGACACGCCGUAUCCCGACUGCCCCUUCCUGCUCCUGGACGUACGGGACCGCGAUGCCUACGACCAGUGCCACAUUGUCGGAGCUCAUUCGUACCCUAUCGCAACGCUCUCCAGAACCAUGAAUCCAUAUACCAAUAACAUCCUGGAAUAUAAAAAUGCCCAUGGAAAAAUAAUUAUUUUGUACGACGACGAUGAGAGGCUGGCCAGCCAGGCCGCCACGACCAUGUGCGAGAGGGGCUUUGAGAACUUGUUCAUGUUGUCUGGAGGCCUCAAGGUGCUCGCGCAGAAGAUCCCCGAAGGGCUGGUCACGGGCUCGCUCCCGGCGUCCUGCCAGUCGGCAGCUCCCACUGGAUCAGCCCGAAAAAAGGCCGCCCCCAAAGCGCCGCCCGCACGUGCUGAGAAUAAAUGGAGAUUUACUGCAGAUGAUCUACAAAAGAUGAAGUAUUACCUAGAAGAAGAGCAGAUUCCUUCAGAUACUGCCAGCCGUCUAAGCCGUGGCUCUUCGGGGCGCGAUUCUAAGGCGAGCGCGGCGAGGAGCAACCACAGCCUCCCCGGCGCCACGGGCUCGGCCACGUCGCUCGCCGCCCGCUCGCUCAGCAGCAGCAGCCUCCAGAACAGGCCGUGGAAAUAGGCGGCGGUGUCUCUUUCAGCCGAAUAAACCAGUGUCCAGGUUCUGGGAAGCGUGAGCAGUGCGGCCCUUUUGUCGUUUUAGGAAUCUGCAACGAAAAGCAGCAGCGGCGCAAAAAGUGGCAGCUCGGGUUCGGCUGGGGGAGCUGGACUGGAUGAUGCUUCACAGGAGCUGGAGCGGUUUGGCUCCGAUCAGGGUCACCUGCACGUGCAGUGUCAGGACAGUGUUGGCACAAGUGGUUCCUAGGGGAGGGAGGAAGCUGGGAGUAAAGCCUGGUACCAGUAGGAACAGUUUGUAGUUCAGCCUGAAGGAAUUUGUGUCCGUAACGAAUCUGCCCUUGGCGCUGCGACCGAAACCCUGGACUGUGCUGACGUGCGAGUGCGUGAGAAGGUAAAUGGGCCCAAAAUCAUCCGUGAGCAAAACCCUCCGUGUCUGCUAGCAGCGAUUCCGCACACCGCCAAAAUGAUGGACAGAAGGUUCCAUCGUUUUUUAAAAUACUACAUUUGUAAAAGUAUUUGUACGAGAGGUAUUUGGAGGGGGGGAAAUAAUGCCUGGUGUAGCACUGUAACCUGACGGUGAAUUUUACCUGUGGACGUUUGUGAAAUAGUUCGGUAUUUUUGAAAGUGAUAACUUGGUUUCCCUCUCGGCAUUUUCUGCACUGUUUGACUUACGAUUGUGCUUUUCUGCUUCGUUCCUCGCUAUGAUUAUGGAGAAAACGACUGUGUGGUGGUUCGGUUUCUGAAGGAGAUGAUGCUGUGACACAUCGGACGUGCUGGGGACUGUAGUUGACUUCUCCUAAGGUAGGGCCAGCUGCCGUAGUCCUUUUUGCAGUGUCCUCCACAGUGCCUCGUAGAGGCUUGAGGGUU